UGUGGAUGACAAGCGUCCAGCUCGUCGCAAAAACAGCAGCAGCAGCGACGGAGAGGUAUUUAUCACCGCAGCAGUCGAGGGGAGUGAAGCGAACCGGAGGUAGGAGAUUGGAAGGAUUUACGGACACCAUCCAAGCAUGGAUACCCAAACGACAGCAUCAUGCACUGGAUCUACUUUGUUGCAGCCAAUCAGCGAAAUUAUCAAUCUCCCUCUUGACCAGGUUAACUUUGUUGCAUGUCAGCUGUUUGCCCUGCUGAUGGCCGUGUGGUUUCGGAUCUACCUCCACCCCAGUAAGACCAGUCCCUUCAUCAGACAUGUGGUGGCGACUCUGCUGGGCUUCUACUUGGCUCUUUUCUGCUUUGGCUGGUAUUCCCUCCAUUUCCUGGUACAGAGUGGGUUGUCCUAUGGUGUGAUGAUCUUUGCUAGCCUGGAGCACAUGCACAAGUACUGUUUUGUUGUGACACUUGGCUACCUGAUACUGUGUCAGAUUACCCGAGUCUAUGUUUUCGACUACGGCAUGUACUCUGCAGAUUUUACAGGGCCCAUGAUGGUUAUAACACAGAAGAUUACCAGCAUGGCAUUUGAAAUACAUGACGGUUUGACCAAGCGAGAAGCGCAGCUGACUCCCAGUCAGAAAUACCUAGCUAUCAGUCGUAUGCCCAGCUUACUGGAGUACCUGAGUUACAACUGUAACUUCAUGGGCAUCCUGGCAGGGCCCACAUGCUCCUACAAUGACUACAUGGCCUUCAUCGAAGGGACGUGCUAUCAGCUACGCCACCAGGAGAAUGCCAAUGGGAAGGAAAAUGGAAAGUUCAAGCAGAGUGAACCUUCCUCAAAGAGUGCUGUCAUCUCCAAGCUGUGCACAUGUGCCAUCUCAUUGGCCACCUAUCUGUCGCUCUGUAAGCUGCUCCCGGUGGAGUACUCCAUAGAUGAUGACUUCAUCAGCACAACACCUCUCCAUCUCCAGGUCAUCUAUCUUUACCUGGCGAUGCUGGCUCUGAGGCCCAAAUACUACUUUGUUUGGACUCUUGCUGAUGCCAUCAACAACGCUGCAGGGUUUGGCUUCAACGGAUACAACAAAGAUGGCUCCCCACGGUGGGACAUGAUUUCAAACCUCAGAAUCCUUGACAUCGAGUUUGCCACGAGUUUCAAGUUGUUUUUAGACAACUGGAAUAUUCAAACAGCUCUCUGGCUCAAGAGAGUGUGCUACGAGCGCUGUCCUGUUAACCCCACAGCUGCUACCUUCCUGCUGUCAGCCAUGUGGCACGGGGUGUAUCCCGGCUACUACCUAACAUUCCUUACUGGCAUUGCCAUGACCAUGGCUGCCCGUGCAGUAAGGCACAACAUCAGACCGUACUUCUUGGUCUCUGAUUUGCACAAGUGCAUCUAUGAUGUCAUCACAUGGGCAUGCACACAGGUUGCUAUUAGUUACACAGUGGGGCCAUUUGUCCUACUCGCUGUUGGACCGUCACUCAAAUUCUACAGUUCUUGGUACUUCUGCUUACACCUGUUGUGUCUGCUGGUGGUACUGGCCCUGCCUGUCAAAUCGAGACGUCACCAGGCCAAAGAGCAGCAGGACAACAUGCUGAAGGAUGUCGCACAGGAGAACCAGACGGACCACAGCACAGACAACAACUGCAACCAGAAAGAAAAAGCCACAUGAGGCUCGCUACGCUGAUGCACAGUCCUGUUGCUAGCAGGGCUGACAACCCUGAAAGAUGGAGUGUGUGGAGUGUGUUUACCUGACAAUAAACCAAAAAAAUCUGACAACCCUUUCAGACAGAAAACACAAGUCCUGUCAAAACUUCCAGUAGCAAGGAUGACAGCAGUCACACUUCUGACAUGGAUAAGAGACCAAGACGAAGCAAUGGCCACGGUGUUAACUAACAAGUGAUAGUGGUAACUUUACAUUAGUGAAAAAAAAGACUUCCAUGCUGCCUUAAACCCUCUAUGUACUCUGCAGGUGAAACGGAAUAGUAUAGCAGGCUGCAAGAACAGAAAUACAUUUACACUAGUGUGGUAUUAUUCAAUCAAAACUGAUAUGCAGUAUGUGGAGGGUUUUUGUCAUUGUCUGGAUAUAAGCCUCCGUUAGAUGAGGAAGAGAAAAUGUGUACAUGAAAAAGAGACAUAACCUUUAUCAUCAGCUGCCAAUUUCAAACAGGCCUUAGGAUCCUCAAGUUAUUGUUUAAUUUCUAUGUCUUUUUUAAAAAUUAUUAAAAAAAAGAAAAUCGUACAUGUCAAGUUGUACAUGUUUUGUAUUUAGAUGUUUGUGACACUGAAAUGCAUUCUCAGUUCUUAAUUUUUAUUCUUUUUUUUUUUGAAUAAUUGACUUAAAACAAAGAAAAUAAGAAAAGAUGUUGUCCAUCUCCAGUCAGUAGAUUCCUUUUUAUUUUUAUAUUUUUUCAUAUCCACUGCUUCUUUUUUCUUUUCUUCUUUUUUUGACAAACAUGGCUCAUCACAUAAACAUGUUUCAAAGGGAUCUUUCUUUCUUUCUUUCUUUCUUGAUUAAUUGGAAUUAUAAUAAUAGGGAAAAGAAAAAAUCAUUUACAUCUUAAUUAAACAACUGUACAGUUUUAGUCUUUAUGCAUUUUGCAUAAAGAGUAAAACUGUGCAAAACUUAUGCAAAUGCAGUAGCGAGCGAAAGGUAUUGUGGCCAUAACUGUUAAACCAAUUCACAUAUUUUGACUCCAAAUUGUGUCAGUGUGCAAUUUGCAUUUGCUCGUAAGAAAAUUUGAUGCAUUAGUUUAUGUAUGUGACAUGAUAGUGUAAAAACAUAAACAAUUAGAGCAGCUGUAAUGGUAAAUGGUCUUAUUUCUAAUUGUGUGCACUUAACGUUAGACUAGGGUAUAUUUCAGGGUGCAUUUACUGUAUGGUAUGACACACUGGUUCCUCUUGUUGUUUUUGGUCCAUGGCUCACCGUAAACCUUUCAGAUCAUCCUGUUUACUCUUUAUAACACAUGGGAGUACAAACAGCUGCCCCUUUGGUAGAAUAAGUAGAAAAAGUGGAGCAUAAAGGGUAUCUCAUGUUAUCAAAAUAGUGAAAGGACACAUGUUUAUGUAUCUGUUAAAGUGGACAUAAUCUGGAGAUGUUAAUCUGACGUUAUCAUUACACUUUUGACAUUUUUGCAUUAUAUAAGUAUUUUUAUUUGAGUUUGUGUUAUUGUUAAAGUAAUAACAAAGCAGCAGUGGUGAGCGCUGAAGUGUGGAUCUCUUUUCAUUUCUUUGCAAGACUUUCUAACACGUGCAUAAUCCUGCCAUAACUGUGUGUUCACCAGUAUUCAUAUGAUCCAUUCAUGUUGGUGUUAUUUCAAGGAAACUGUUGUAGCCUGGACCAUGUGUAAGCGAAGGCGGCUCACCUAAGAGAAAGGGAUGUCAUACUACAAACAUAGCGUUUAUUGCACUGCAUGGCCACACAAACCAGCAGAUCAAUGCAAACUGCUCCAUGUGUCCAAAGUGCCAAAUCACAAAUGGCGCAUUUUGUUUCUGUGUGUAUGUGUGCCUGCGUGUGUGUGUUUGUGCAUGUGUGUGCGCCUGUGGAACAUAAUGGUUAUUUUUGUGUCAGAAGGAAAUUUAUUGAAAGAUUUGUAUAACAAUACAUUAAAAUUCUGAUUUAUGUGGCAAAAUAAAGAGAAAUUAUUUUUAAA